AUGCGUCUCCAGACUAACCAAGACAGCACCGUCGAGUUCUACACCCUUCGAGGCCCCCUCCUCGGCGUGCCCAGCAAUACCCGCACCCGUCCCCGCCUCAGAGCCGACUCGGAAGAGCUCCUCACCCCGGUCGCGGACCCCAUCGCCAAGCUCACCCGCGAGUGCUCCGCCCUCCGCCUCAAGUUGGCCACCGCCGAGCGCCGCGAACGCAACUCCUACAACGCCCAGCCUCCCGGCUACCGCACCGCGCCCACCUCGGCCCGCACGCCCCCAUACCACACCCUACCCCUCGCAGCGACGGCAGAAAGCGUGCUGGCGCACCGCGAACAGACACGGACGAGCCACCUCCAGGGCGAGGUGGUCAAGCUCGCGGAGCGGCAUCGGGCGCUGGAGAAGACGCUCCGCGAGAUGCAGGAUGCGCUCCGGAUGAAGGACCGCGAGAUCGAGAUGCUCCGCGCAGAGCGCGAUCGGCUGCUCGCCGAGCGCGACGAGGGCCGCGCGAAGAGCAGGAGCGUGAGCAGGGAGAGGUCGCAGCUGUCGAUGGCGGACGAUUACGGUAUGGUGUCGGGCAAUGGCAGAGGCCGCGGGGAUAGGCAUCAUCAGAGGCAUCGCGACAGGAGCAGGAGCAGACGCGCUAUGCGGCGGCCGGACGAGGUGCCCCCGCUGCCGAUAGGGCCUGCGAUGGCGAUGGACGCGGAGCAGUAUGUGCGGGCGCAGAGCAUGGAUAUCUUCCUCACGAAGACCGACGGCUGGUCUGGGGCACAGAUCAUACAGGCCGUCGACGACUUGAACGCAGAGAUCAACCAGUUCGCUGCUGCCGCCACCGAGUCGUGUUCGUUCGCAAAACGAGCCAAGGCGAAGGGCGCCCUUACCUUGACGUCUGCUCUGGAGAACACGACGCCCUGGCUUGGCCCCGCACUCUCCCACAUUCUCGCAUUCCGUGAUCAUACCCAAGACCCCAUCCUCGUUCAGCUUGCGUUACAGGCGAGCAUCGUCACCUGCUGUGCUCGCUCAUUAUCAUUAUUUUGCGUCGGCUUCCCUUCGAAGCUGGACGCCCUAUUGACACGUAUUCUCAUACAUAUGCAGACAUCAGAGCCUCAAGCGACGUCGUCACGCUGGCGUACCCUGACGCACCGUUCAAUACGUAUGCUCUAUCCCGGUCUAGAAGAGUACGCUGUGACGGAGCUCGUGACGACGAUGCUCCGCUGGUCCAGCGCCGUCUUCACGCUCUGCGGCUCAGCCAACGCCCCCACCGCCUCGGACUCGUCCCUGCACGCCCAGCUGCGCCGGAUCGCGGAGGCCGUCUACAAGCUCGCCCGCGUGACGCGCGAAGACAUCCUCUCCACCACGUUCGAGGUGCUCGUCGUGGACAGCGGCACCCCGUUCGAGCCCGGGAAGAUGCUCAACAAGAUGCGGGAGGGCGAGCACGACGGCGACGAGCACGGCUCGCAGAUCGGGGCAGACGUCGACCUCGUCAGCCUGAACGGGAACGGGACCGGCGCUGCGAAGGCGAACGGCGCACACGACUCGGGCCGGGUGCUGUGCACGACGGAGCUGGGGCUCCGGUGCGUGACGCGGCGGGAGCUGAAGGGCAGCGGGGGCGGGUUCGCGGAGGCCGGGCCCGAGGGCGACGCGUUCGAGAGCAGACUGCUGCUGCCGCCCAAGGUCCUGCUCGAUUCGGCGAUGGACGUGAUAGAACGCGGAUGA